AUGGCACAACGACCGCCACCACAGUCAUACUCGAUGGCAUCCUUCGAGGUGCAACAGUUUUUCCAGAAAGUCUGCCGGGCUGCCAAGAGGCUGCUGGCUGACUACAACCGCCUCCACGACGAGGUCUUUCAUAAAGAAAUGAAAGGGCUGGCCCGGUCCGCGUUCCAUAAAGCUCUUGGAAAGGCCUUCGAACAAUCGGAUACAGUCCCAGUCCAGCCGGACUAUCUCAUAGUGUCGGCAGGGUGUUGGCUGUGGCUAACUGCAUGUGAACAUGUCGGGUUCGACCUGGAUGCAAACGAUUACCCUGAAUGUCCGGAGAAUAUUGGGCUGCCCGACAUGUUCAACAGGGCCGUGCCACCGUCGCCAGAACAUGAGGCGCUCAUUCGAGACCACAGAGCCAAGAUGGCAGCAAAGGCCAAUGAGGCAAGAAUGAGGACCAUGCAGGUUCAGAUGAAGAACAAGCAGCCUGCACAGGCCGGGGGUGAUGAGACUCCCUUGCCUGUACGCCAGGAAAACAUCGCACAUGUUCGUCGUGAAGCUGAACCCCAGGGUAACGUUUCCACUGGCGGGAUGGGGUCAUCACAGAUCAUGCCGACAAGAGCGGAGGUGCUGCCAGCCUGUGUUCCUGCAGAACAGGCUAUUCAGAAGAUCCAAGAAAUCGCGGACAAUAUGAAGGCAGCAAUGAUGGCGGAGACGACGAAUCAGGUGGUUAUGCAGCGGUCACCCAACAACGCUGCGUCAGACCCAGUGGAGAAGUAUUCCAUCAAGGUCGAUGGCCAAGCCACAAAGUUCAUGCAAUACCUGUGGGACUACCAUGGCUUCUCGAGCCGCUAUCUGAGAGAUGAUGGUUACACCUGCACCAGCAGACCCUUUGAGGUGAAGGUCCACCUCAGCAGGGCCACAAUGUUCUUUGGUCACGAGUUCGGUGACAGGAAGAAGGUCCUUGACGCCAUGCGUGUAUUCUCUCCUGUAAGGAUCUAUGCCCAUUGGGAGGAUGACUUCGCCGUCAUCGGUCUGACCACCCAGGAGGGUGAGAAAUGGACGGACCCAAGUGACCGAAUCAACCAUUUUGGGUUUCUCCGCUCACUCACGAUCGCCAUGAAUCAACUGGCAUUCUGGGCGCGCGACAUAAAUAGAGGAGAGCCUAAAAGCUUCGCGGGAUACAUACAAGAUUGGUGCUGCCUUGAAAUUCACCAUCAAAGCGUUCCCGCUGACACCAGCAAGCCUGUCGCCUAUGGUGGCAAGCGCAAAGAGUUGGCCUCGGCAGAUGACACGGAGCUGCAAAGCAACAACGAGGCAGACCGCGCCAACGUGCCCGCCCGGGAAGCUGAAAUCCCUGGCAAUGCUGAGGCGUCCAGAAAGCGGAGAAGGCUGCAAUGA